UUUCAGUCAACAAAGAUGUCGUCCAUGCCGAGAGUUUCCGAGACGAAACAAAGAAAAAAAAAGCUCCAAAAAGGUUGUCUGACAAUGCGACAAGGUGUAUUUGCCUGCUUCCUACUGCUUUGGCAACAAGUCCUCUGUGAACGACUUGACCUGAAUGCAACUUAUGGAGAAAAGGCUAACCCACUCGUUCUCAAUAGUCCCUACCGUUAUGUGGUGAAGACGGAGACACAGCCACCGGACGACACUCUCUUAGAUGACGUCAUAUCUCCGCAACCGGAAUUCGAGAACUCCCCACAGCAGGAGAAAGGCUCAUUGACUGACUUCUAUUCGAACAACGCUUUGGAUGCCUCACUCGGAGGGAAUGUGGCCAGUUUGUAUUCUCAAGACUCUACAAAAAACCAGUGGCAGUCUCCGUUUAGUAGAGUGUACCCGGUGGCAGUAGAUUCGAGUUUUAAACGUCUGGUUGAAGCAGCAGCAGUUAGUAGUCCAAGGAUAGAGGCGUUAUCCUACAGCAGGUAUGCUCCAGAAGAGGAGGACUUCACUAGUAUUCUCAGCGCCUUGCCAAUUCAUGAGGUCAAGUCAAUUCAAGCUUACUCAACAAUUGAGAACCCAGAUCCCGAGAACGUCAUCAAUGUUGGACCAAAGACUUGGAGCCCGUCGAAAAAAGAGGCUGCAAAAUCUAACCAACUCGUUCUCAAUAGUCCCUACCGUUAUGUGGUGAAGACGGAGACACAGCCACCGGACGACACUCUCUUAGAUGACGUCAUAUCUCCGCAACCGGAAGGCGAGAACUCCCCACAGCAAGAGGAAGGCUCAUUGACUGAUGUCUAUGCGAACAGCGCUUUGGAUGCCUUACUCGGAGCGGAUGUGGCCAGUUUGUAUUCUCAGGACUCUACAAAAAACCAGUGGCAGUCUCCGUUUAGUAGAGUGGACCCAGUGGCAGUAGAUUCGAGUUUUAAAGGUCUGGUUGAAGCAGCAGCAGUUAGUGGUCCAAGGCUAGAGGCGUCAUCCUACAGCAGGUAUGCAUCAGAAGAGGAGGGGGACAGUGACCUCACCAGUAUUCUCAGCGCCUUGCCAGUUCAUGAGGUCAAGUCAAUUCAAGCUUACUCAACAAUGGAGAACCCAGAUCCUGAGAACGUCAUCAAGGUCGGACCAAAGACUUGGAGCCCGUUGAAAAAAGAGGCUGAAGAAAGUAUAAACUCUACAUAUCUUACUAAGUUACUAAGGGGUUUUUAUGGGACUUCUAAUUCUGAGAAUAUUCAGAAGGUGGGAGUUACAUCUAGGUGUGAAAGAGCAGACGCGGACUCUGAAUCUGGGCCUGUCCUAAGCCCGGAUGGAUUAUUACUUUACUCUGAACCUCACGGGGUUCGAAAUGAAGAAGACAAAGCAAAGGAGCCAACAAGGGUCGAAGAAAACGGAAACCUCUCUGAGAAAUAUCUUCGUACUUUUGUCGAAAACUACUCGAAACAUGACGAAGAUGACAACAGCAAAGACGACGAGGAUAAAGACGACAAUGAUGUCCUCUUUUUUCCUUUCCUUGUUGAUGAAAAUGGUCACAUUUCUAUAAAGGAUUCUGAUAAACGUGGUAGCGAAAUGUCGUCUAAGAGUCUGUACUCGCGAACAGAUGGUGCCGAGGAUGGCAAGCUGCAUGGUGAUGAUGGCGCUGACGGGGAAGAUGUUGCCGAAAAUUCUGCUGAGAAAGGUGACCGUGAUGACAAAGAUGUUAUCACCAGUUACAGUGGUCCUGAAAAGGUUAAGGACCAGAAAAGCGUUGAUGAUAAAAAUAUCUUUCAAUCCAAAGAAAGCAUCAAGACGGUGAAUGUUAGUAAUAAAACACAGAACACAAGCUUUGAAGAAGAAACAAAUGAAGAGGGUUUCAGCUCCAGCAAUGGUCAUGAAGAUGAUAGCAGUCACAUCAACAGAGGAAGAGGGCUGAAUCAAGGGAGUCCCGUGGACAAGAAAAAUCUUGUAGUCCCCCCCAAAAUGAUGCCACUGAAUCACCUCUUUCCAAAUGUCUGGAAUAAUUUCAUCUACAUCAAGGAUAACCAAUUCCUCAACCAGAGGGGAUUAUACAACCAUCUAGGUUCAGGAGUACUGCAGCAACCUGGAAGAUAUAGAUCUAUGCUCUUAGGAGGUCCCCAACAACCUGACUUCUAUCCACAAUUCCCACCCGCUUCAGAAAAGUAUAAACCUAGAUCUCUCCCAGGAAGAAGUUUUUCUAAACAGAAGCAUUCAAUCCCUAAAGACUACCCCAAAAAUAAACGAAUUCUUGAGGAACACAAAUCCUAUGACACACAGCCAGUCAAAGACACAGACCCCGGCAUGCAGCAAGACGAACCGAUCCCUUCUUUCCGCGCUUGGCAAGGAGAAACUCCUCAUCUUCCUCCUGCUAGUUCGUUGACAGAGAGACAUCCCUUUUCUCAGCGGCGUCGUUACCAUGGUUACGACCCCGUGUCUCUGGCGGAUGCACCUUACAAGCCCGAAAAUCCCCUCAAUCCCAGUUCACGCUCAGUAGAGAGCUACGAUUGGCUUGAUCCUAACUCAAUUGUCCUGAACAGUUUGGAUUCUAUGAAAAGGUAUGCCAGCUCGCAAUGGAAGGGUGCUCCUCUUUACAGCCCUUGGACCAGGCAGGAGAAAUAAGUUUAAUCUCACUCUGCAGUGCAGACUGUUCCAGAUUUUUUCUGAUUAAAACUUUUUUAUACCCUUCCUGUGGUGACCCCACCCCCUAACAAUAAAAGGAGAGAGGAAGACAGAUUGGGGAUGAGAACGAUAAAAAUGAAAACUUGAAAAAAAAUCCUUUUCUAUGUUAUCUAGUCGAGGUGCAUUCGUGUAUGAAUCUUGCAAAUACACGUCUAUACACAGCUCUUGCAGUAAAAAAAGACCCACGUCAUAUUUUGACUCAGAGUGUUAAAAUUACAUGGGCUACAUGCCUCCCGGACACCCCCCCCCCCUCCGAGAGGCUCAUAUUUGUGGCAGUUGCAUUUAGUUUACAGAUCGAUGGCUGAGCGAAAGAAGUGACUAUCUAUAUCCACUUUUUGAUUGAAAAGGAAUAAUCGAUAUCGGUAGUGAGAUUUUUUAGCCGCUCUUUUACCCCUGUAAAUAUUUAAGCUUUGGCUUAAUUCGGUAUCGAGAUGGUUUUUCUGAAAAUGUUAGAGACAUUUCAAAAUCGUCACAAUUUCAAACCCGCUUUUCUCGAAAAGUGGAUACAGUCAAUUUUUCGCUCAGCCGUCGAGAUGUUUUAUAGAACAGAAUUCCCAUUGACGUCACUGAUGCUGUAAAACUGUUAAUUGAUAAUAAUAAUAUGGUCACAUGCAUCACGCAAGGGAGUACGUGAACGUCUACCGUUUACCGUGGGCGUUGGCUUACGCCCUUCCUUAAUGGCUUGAGAAGAAAAAAAUUGAUAAUAUCCCUGCGCCCCCUCCCCUCCCCUGAAAAUUGUUACUCUCUUGAGUCUACCACUAUGCAGGUUAUCCCUAAAAAAAA